GCAUAUAGCUGUUUGCAUCCCUGUUUGUGUCUUUAUAGACCUAAUGUUCAUCAUGAACAUCUGUCUAUCUAUCUAUAUUCCAUGUGCAUUUUCUUUAGUUGCAUUUCAGUUCAGCUACUUUCCACUAUUUCCCAAUAAAGCGAGACUGUUGAGUAAAUGUUCAUCUAGUGGCUAUAAUACGGUUUAACAGGCUUUGUGUCAAACACAGAUUAAGCUCUUUGUGUAGAAACAGCUUUUCAAACAGCCUGCAGCUGAUGCUGAAUCGCAGCAGUAAGGGGCGUAUUUUUAUUCUGUGGGUUGACCGAAUGAAUCAGAUGGAGCACUUUUACUGCUGCUCGAGUCCAUGACAUGGGAAACAUCCAUCUAGUGCAGCAGGACAUCUCAGAAGGGGUGUCGGAGAAACCACAGAAGUGAAGAAAAAAACAGUAAAGCUCAACAGAUGGACGGUGACAGGGAUUGUUUAUUGUCUUCACAUAAGGACAUGGGGGAAAGUGGAACUAGUUCGAUAUCCUCUGCCUCGUUUAAUUUCAUCAAUUCCAUUAUAGGAUCUGGAAUCAUAGGUUUGCCGUAUUCCUUGAGUCAGGCCGGCCUCCCAAUGGGUCUCCUGCUGCUUAUUCUGGUUGCCUUCAUCACAGAUUACUCCAUCAUCCUGCUGGUCAGAGGAGGGAAUCUGUCUGGGACUCACAGUUAUCAGUCUCUGGUUCAAAGCACAUUUGGCCAGAUAGGAUAUGUGAUUGUGUCGGCUCUACAGUUUCUUUACCCAUUCAUUGCAAUGAUCAGCUACAACAUCAUCACAGGUGAUACGCUGACCAAAGUGUUUAUGAGAAUUCAAGGAGUUGGUCCCGGAAACAUUCUUACAGAGAGACAUUUUGUAAUAAUGAUGUCCACUCUUCUGUUUACACUCCCGCUUUCUCUCUAUAAAGAUAUUGCAAAGCUGGGAAAGGUAUCUUUAUUGUCCAUGCUUCUGACUCUUGCCAUCCUCAUCACAGUGGUUGUGAGAGCAGCAACACUAGGACCACAGAUACCUGCGUCAGAUGGUGCAUGGGUGUUUGCACGGUGGAAUGCAAUUCAGGCGGUUGCCGUCAUGUCUUUCGCUUUUAUCUGCCACCACAACAGCUUUAUGAUCUACGGGUCGCUGCGGGAGCCCACACUGAGCAGCUGGUCUCUUGUCACUGUGGGUACAGCUGUGCUGGUCAGUGCUGUCUUUGCUGCUGCAGGUUAUGUGACUUUUACUGGUUAUACACAAGGUGAUAUAUUCGAGAACUACUGCAGGAAUGAUAACUUGGCUACAUUCGGUCGAUUCUGUUAUGGUGUCAGUAUAAUCACCACGUUCCCUCUGGAGUGCUUUGUAACUCGUGAGGUGGUCUCUAAUGUGUUUUUUAAAGGAGAGCUCAGUAACACCACGCAUGUCAUCAUCACGUUGGUGAUCGUAUCAGCGGCGACUGCCCUCUCGCUCUCUUAUGACUGUCUGGGUAUCGUACUGGAGCUGAAUGGGGUUUUGAGCGCCAUACCCCUCAUGUUCAUCUUCCCCGCCGCCUGUAACCUAACCUACCGCACCUCCUCUCGCUUCUCAAAAGAAAACCUCAUCCCCAGCAUCAUCCUGGCGGCGGGUGUUUGUGUGAUGAUCAUCGGUUUGAUCAUGAUGGUGCUCUUCCCUCAGGACUGUUCCCACGGAGCAGAGAUGUUCUACUGCACCGUCUCCAACACCUCCGUUCCCAGCACCACUUCACCGAACACCGGGCUGCAGUUAAUGAACGCCACACAGAAUACCAGCAUUUUCUGACUGCCAUUAACUCAUUUUCACUGGUAUCUGUUUAUAUGGCGUUUUCUAAUCUAGUGAGAAAUCAUUGAUACAAUUGGUGUAUUAAAGAAAUGACAUAAAAA